UUCAAUCGAACGCUCCCUAGUGGCCAACAAAACGAAAGGCGUCAAAUUUCGCUCCACAAGUUCUCAUUUCACACCUUGCCCGCCAUUGUUACCUUCCUCCGUCUCUGCUCCGAUUCAGCCUUAUCAUGCUCUGAUUAACCACAUGAACUCCAACGCUUCGAAUCCACAUACUUCUAUGGCGACUUCCUCUGCUGCAGAUUCUUCUGGCAAGAAGGUUCGUAAGCCCUACACCAUUACCAAGUCCAGAGAGAGUUGGACCGAAGAGGAGCACGAUAAAUUCCUCGAAGCUCUACAACUGUUUGAUCGUGACUGGAAGAAAAUUGAAGAUUUUGUAGGUUCAAAGACAGUUAUUCAGUCAAUGCUGCAGAUUCGAAGUCAUGCCCAAAAGUAUUUUUUGAAAGUCCAAAAAAAUGGAACAAUAGCACAUGUACCUCCACCUCGUCCAAAACGCAAGGCUUCACAUCCUUAUCCACAAAAGGCAUCCAAAAAUGUUUUGGUACCGAUGCAAGCGUCAAUGGCUUAUCCUUCUUCAGUUAAUACCCUAGCACUUGGAUAUUGUCCAUGGGAGGAUGCAUCGAUAAUGAUUAACCCUUCAUCCAGCAAAGUCACGCAUCCACAAGAUGAAUUUACAAAUCUUCACAGAUCUGAAACUGAAAAUGCGUCAGAAGGGACACCAAUGAUCAAUAGCAAUAGCCUCAAUGUUAUUGGAAGCCCCGAUACGGAAAAGCAGGGAAAACAAGCUCCUAUGCUUCAUGGCUUACCAGAUUUUGCAGAAGUUUAUGGCUUCAUUGGGAGCGUUUUUGACCCAGAAAGUAAGGAGCAUGUGAAUAAACUCAAGGAGAUGGAUCCUAUCAACUUUGAAACGGUUUUGUUGUUGAUGAGAAACCUCACUUUUAACUUGUCCAGCCCCGACUUUGAACCACUUAGGACCGUGUUGUCAACCUAUGAUGUGAAUACAAAAACAGUGGCAGUCACUGCAGGAGUGCCUACGAAGAAGCAUACCGAUGAUAUAUCCUGUUGAAUUACCUACUACCUAAAACUACCUCAUUCCCCUUGUAUCAGCUCUUAUCUACUCUGCCUAUUACUUGUCGAAGUCAGCGUGGUGGAAAGCCCAGACAAUGGCAGCCGCCAGCCAGGGCUGUUAGAGAAGAUUGUAUCAAAAAUUGGUCUCCACUGAUUCUUUUGAGGCCUUUAUGGAUCCUCAUCUUGGCACCUUAUCAAGGCUCAUAUUUCACUGGUUUGGCCUAUAACCAAAUGUAUAUUUUUGUAAGAUCUGUUUGAUGAAUUUUGUCUUUUGCUAAUAAAAAUACAGCCCAUUAACCGUUUGUGAGGCUGCAUAUCAAUCGGGCUGUUGAAUCAAAAUGUGGCUCGACCUCAGAGUGGUAUUGGUCGAUAGGCGAUCAUCUUGUGCUUGUACUGUUCAAAGUGAGUGUAAAGUGUUCUGAUUUAAAUUCAUCACCUCUUUUUGUA